ACAGAUAGAAUCGUACAUCUGAAUAACACAACCUUGGUGAAGCCGUAUAUGGUUAGUUUGUAUGUUAAUUCUACUCACAUGAUAAGUUUGCUGCGGUGAAAAUUUAAAGCCUUCUGUGUGCCAGAUCAUUUUAUUAGGAAUCUAACAAAACUGUGUGAAGAAGAAGAAAAAAAAAAAGGAAUGAUCUAUUAUAAACCGUUUUUUACUCUGGUUGUUGCUUCUGUGCUGACCAGUAGUGUGCUGGGCAGUUCAACCAUUAAACGUUUGAAGAAGAACCUUCUGAUUGGCUAUGAUAAACAUACCCGUCCAGUUCAACACCAUUCUAACGUAACAACGGUGAACCUCGGACUGUUACCGAUCUAUGUGUCUGAUUUAGACGAAGAAAAGCAAGUGUUAACACUAGAAUCCUGGAUUCAAAUGGAAUGGAAAGAUGAACAUUUCGUAUGGGAUCCUGCCGAUUAUGAUGGAUUGAGCAGUAUUCACCUCCCUGAUCAUACAAUUUGGCAGCCGGAUAUCACUAUUUAUAAUAGUUUUCCGGCCACUGAUAUUGACCUGAAAACAAAGACCCUGAGCAUCGUGAACUCAGCAGGAGUGGUGACUUGGGUUCCUCCCGCUACCAUCCGUGUGUUGUGUCCUUUGGACCUAUCGCUCUUUCCUGACGACAUUCAAGUAUGUAAAAUCAAAAUUGGAUCGUGGACUCACGAUGGUUUGAAUAUCGAUCUCCAGUUAAAAGACGAAAAUAUGUCAGAUCUACAAAACCAUAAUAUGAAAUGGCAGAUGAUUAACAUUACAGGUACAAAAGUAACACAAUAUUACGAUUGCUGUCCAGAACCUUAUCAUUCAAUUGAAUAUUAUGUUCGUCUUCGCCGACUUCCUGUCUUGGCUGUUUCUGAGCUAAGACACUUUCCAAUCCUGGUCGCAAUUUUGUUGUUUUUAGUGAUGUUUUGGGUUCCAGUUAAUUCAAAGGAGAAAUUGGUGUUGGGAGCAGCCGCCAUUUUCAUGCUUUACGGAAUAUUUAUUAGUCUGAUUCAGAUCGUGUCUUCAGGAGCGGUUAGAAUCACCGUUAAACCAGUUGAAAGCCUUCUACUCAUUGGAGUUGUGGCACUGAUCUUGGAAGUCAUAGUACUAAACCUUCCUCACCUUUCCAGUUCCAUCAGCCCUCCCCGUUUCUUAGUUUCUUUUCUUUCAGGAGUUGGUGGACGUCUUAUCUGCAUUUGUGGCCAGGAAAACAGGGAUUUUUCUCACGAUCGGAUAGAACUGACCACAUCAGACAACGAGGAUGACAACAGUGGCCACCAGAAACCUCAGCCCAUAGAUGGAGACUGGUAUUUGAUUGCUACAGGCUUAGACCGCAUAUUGUUUGUUGUGUUCCUCUCUGCUUUCAUUAUUGUCUUUGUAACAAUAUAAAUCUACUGGCAUUCUUUUGGUUUGCUCAAAAUAAUAAAAUAAUAUUCCUAUUUGUAUGUUAGAUUUUAUCUAAGCUUUAUAUGACGUAUUAUUUUUCUAUCUUUUAGCGAUUUUCACCUCAUGGAACCAUAAACAAAAAGAUAAGAUUUAUACUCAAAUAUUUUAAAUAAAGCUGAUAAAAUAUAUAA